UAGGAGUAAGAGAAGACAAUUCAACCCUUCGAACCUGCUCCUCCAUUCAAUUAAACCAGAGCCGAUCAUCUACCUCAAUAUGCAGGAAAGCGGCAAUCUCCUGAUGUUUUUCUCCAUGGCAACUCCACGGCCAAUCUGGGUCAACUUGCCAACUAGCCAACACCCCUUUUCUCCUAUAGUAUGAAUUGUUGAGAAUGCUAAGGAAAUCCUACAAAAAGUCCAAGUGAUUCAGCAGUAGCAAUGUCCAGUGAUGCAACAUCAUCUGCAUUCAAUUUCUCUUCAACUGUAAUAGGAACUAGUAACUCUACAGCAACAGAAGCCAAUAACAGGAACGACACUGUCCCUCAAGCUAACAUUGGAAGUACUGUGGCUUCUACUAUUUCUACACCAAGCCUGAAAAGUGAAACUAGCUUUAACAAUUCAUCAGAAAAUUCAAUUGUCAGCAUGCUGACAGAUGCACCAAAUGUCAGUGACCUGACCCGAGUGAAUGGGAUGGCUGAUAAUACAAGCAGUGACCUACAAACAAGAAAUGAAACAGAGAUCCAGGUUAGCACACCUGUUGAAAGGCCUGCAAGUACCAGUAGUUCCAUUACAAAAUCUGUGAAUCCCAGUGUUGGCUCCGUUGUAACUGAGUCAAAUGGAAAUGACACUGAAGUGAACCCUACUGUCAAAACAACUGCAAUACCACACCAAACGGAGACCUCUGCGAAAAUGUCUUCAGCUGCCAAAGACUCUACGCGGGAGGUCACAAUUAAAUCAACUAGUGUGUCUUCUAUAACGUCUGCUGGACAGAAGGAAGCAAAAGAUACAACCAGUAAUGUGCCAACCACACAAUCCCCAAAGUCUACAACUCUGCCAAUGCGACCAACUUCCAAGACUAUGUCCGCUUCCAUGACAUCCAGUGGCUCUGGAGUGAUAUCCACUGUGAUGGUAUCCCUGUCCACCAGCCACACAAGACCCACCACCACAACCACCACCAGCACCGUGAGCGUAACUGCCAUAAGAAGCACCACAACCAACAAAGCAACCACUUCGUUUUCUGUGCAGCAUGUUGAAGGGAAUUUGGCCAAUACCAAAAAGAUGGUGGAUGGGAGGCCAGUUUCUGAUCCAAAUGAAACCAGAAUGGACCCUCUUGUUAUAGGACUGAUCACAGUUUUCUUUAUAAUUAUUGGAAUUGUUUCAAUACUUGGGUUUCUGAAGUACCGUCAGAGAAACAACCAGCCAGAAUUCCGGCGUCUUCAUGAGCUCCCAAUGGAUGACAUGAUGGAAGAGGAUACUCCUUUGUCUCUCUACAGCUACUAGAAGUCGCUGCAGCCAAAAAACUCAUCAACUUGCACAACAUUGCAACUACUGUGUUUUGAAGUAUUGUUAGCUGGCAUGCUAAGGACUUUGUUUUUACAGUUUUUCUUUUAUGUGAGCCAAAUUUGCAUCUAAAUGCGUCUUUUGAGUUUUUGUUUUUUUUUGAAACCCCAUUUGGGGAACUGCUAGGAUUGAACGUGGAUCAAAAUUCAGCUUUAUUCCUUGCCCAAAAUAUUUCCCUUCUGUCCACGGAGCUUUUAACUACACCUGUUUAUUCAAUCAAACUUGUAAGUUUGCAACUUUUUUAAACAAUUAGGAGGCCAAUGAAGAUGAUCUUUCCUGUAUGUCUAAACUUGUAGUGGAAAUUGCAGUUGUCCAAUCAGGUGCCAAAGGAACGAGGAGCUAGUAUUUGCAUUAACAAAUAUCAGAAGGUCUUGAACAUCUACGACAAAUGGUUUGGGUCUGUUCCAGUCAACAUAAUGUAUCAUAUUAUGAAAUUGUACUUUAGAGGUAGCACAUUUGGGUUGAUUUGAACUCUUAUUUCUACCGAUAUCUUUCUAUUGUUUGCACUCAAUGCUGACAUGUUUUUGAUGGAUCAGGAUGUAUUGAUAUUCUAGUCAACUACUUGGAGGGAAUAAAACUGGUUCAACUUUUAUUACUUGAAUUAAAUAUUUAAAUUGGAAUGAUUGAAAGGUAUUGAUCUAAUUUCAAACGUUUUGGAAGGAAAUGUAGUCCUUCUCCCAGCCUUCCCAAUAACGUAGGGAGUUCCAUUGCACCAUUAUAGAUCAAAUUGCACCACUAUAAAAGGAAAUGAAAUGUGGAAAUUAAAGGUGUGAUAUGAAUCAAAGGCAUGACUUGUAGUUCAAAGCCAAUGUUCUCUUGGAUACUGGCGUUUCCUCCUUUUUAAUCUAGAUCAAUUCUUGUACCAUUGUAAUGCCUCUGGUUCAAUCCUCUUGAUUCUGAUUAAAUCCUUGUCCAUGUCUAGCAAAGCGCACAGUUUCAAUUACAUUCUUAUAAGUAGCCAAAUCAAAUAUUUUGGUGAGAGUUAAAGCUAAAGUAAGAGAUUUUGUCUUGGCUGCAAAUUCCACAUAUACUUUGAGAGUUUAGGGGAUGUUACAUGAGUUGCAGUGAUUCUUAGAACUGUUAUUGGGGUGUCACCCUAGUAAAACUUUAUUUGUUUUGGAAGCUAGAUUUAAAAACAAAUUGAUGCAGUUUGAUUCGGAUGCCCGUUGUCAUAAUUGAUCUAGCUGGAAAAUUACAUGCAUGGCAGAAGGCUUAGCUGGUCCCUGGAUGUGAUUUGAGAUUGAUCAGUUUUAAACAUAAACAGAAAGAGUGCACUUUGACUCUCCAAUUUGAUAUUCACUUUUUUUCUUUCCUUAUUAUCAUCAUCAUCUACCUUUUUAUUUAUAAAUUUCUGCAAAGUUGUGAUGUCCAACCCUCCCGAACCUGGGAUUAUGGGUACUUUUUGGUUCCAGCCUUUUCAGUAAAACGUUGCCUAGUUCAAUGUUAAAUAGCCAGGAUUCGGUUCUAGGCUGAGGCAGUUAUAGACUAGUUUAUUGUAGAUUUAUUAUUUUCUGGUAUAGAUGUCACUUCCUUCAUUUGCCUAAUAGUUACAUAACAGGUACAUGAGAGUUUCACAUUCUUGGUAAUGUAGAACUGCUUGUCAUGGAGAUGGAUCACAUGUUUUGAUUUUCAAUCUUGCAUUUCACUUUUAUUGCCAUAAUUUCUUUAUUUAGGAUCAAACCUAAAAAGAAUUACCACCAUGAGCUUCAUUCAACAUCUUUCUACCUUUAUUGAUUAUGCUUUUUAUAAUUACUCAUUUCCACAGGAAUGUAAAUUACAAAUAUUAUAUACAGGCAGUUCUAAAGAACCUCCUAAGCCUGCUUCACCAUUCUGAGAUCUAUGUGGACUUGUGUAAAUGGGAGAUAAAAAUUACUUGCUUCCUAACUUUGUUCUUAAGUGACCUUGGUCAAAUUUUAAUGCGAUACAUCCUUUGUUGAGUAUUUUUCUCAACUGAGAUUCUCGGUGUAUACCGUAUCAUCUUCAACUAUACCGGAAGUCUCUCCACAACUGAAGCAUCACUUCCCCUUUUGUAUUCCAAACCCCUUGUUAUUAAAGAUCAAUAUUCCAUUUGCCCUUUUGUUACCUGUCUACACAAACUUCCAAACUCCACUGCACUUUUUGCAGCUUUCAUUAGAGUUAGUGAGAGUAGUUUUUUCAACUACUUUUUGGCCAAUUGCAAUCAUAAGUGAAGGAUGGUGAGUAGGUUUUCUGUUUUUUGGGGGAGAAAAGUACGUGCCAUGUAUAGGGCUGUUGCGUAUGUUUGCUCUGGACUGAAUUGUUACUUGUAGUAAGGCUGAGAAACAUGCUGACUGCAGUUUAUUGCUGGAUGAUUUGAGAUUUAAACAAGCUAGCCACAAAAGCUUUGUGGUGUUGGUUAUUUUGUACUAUAGGUUCCUUUUUCCUUGUGUACAGGUCACGCUGUUGAUUUCUUUUGAAAUUAGACUGGGUAAAAUAUUAAAUGGGCAAAAUGGCUGGAAAUUUCCGAUAAACACACUUUUCAUUUAUCCAGUCAUUCCUUCAAAUCAAAUGCAAUAAAUCUGGGCCUAACCAAUAGCUGUGGAAAAUUCCUAUUAACUUGCAUAUGAUGUGUUUAUGCAAUGAGUGAUCCGGAAAGAUGCUGAACACGUGCCCCCUGUUGGUUUCAGCUAUCAGGUGGAAACAAAGGAAUAAAAAAGUGAAAUUGAUAUGUGUUCAAGGUUCUUUUUAAUCCUCCCAUUUUUAAAUAAAGACUCGAUUCCCUAAAAACUGAUUAAUCUACCACUAUUUCAGGUUUGUUUGCGACAUUCUUUACCUCUCUUUAAUAAACAAAUACUAUUUUUCUUCUUGAAGAUUGAGUCAAGGGCAGAAGAGAUGAGAUACUGUCUGUUUCUAAUCUCUCUCCCUCUUUUUUUUUCCCUCGCUCCCACUGAUCCCAAAUCAUUGAUUAGGCCAAGCUUUAAAUCACAUGUUAGCAAAAUUGAUUUCAUUCCUUUUUAAUGUUGUUGAAAAUAUUUACUUCAGCAUAUCUUUUAUCUUAACUGUCCAUAAAGUAACAAUUUUAGUUGGAUACAACAAUCUAGCUGCUUAAAUUUUUCAUAUGUUUCUGUCUCUUGUUCCCAAACUUUCCAAAUAGUUGACUGCAAACCCACUAGGGAUCACAAGGAAAUGUGCUAAAGCAGAAGUUGCUAAAAUUAUCAAGGUUGUAGAUAUGGAGGAAGGAGCUUGAUAUAAAUAACUGUUUGAGUGACUGCAAUACCCCCAUAAUUUGAAGUUAUAAUGCAAAAUCUGUAAGAGUUUAAAUCAAUACCUGUUCUGAAUUUUUAAAUACUCUUUGAGGUCAUAUCGAGAGUACUGUUGUGUCCAUUAUUAAGAGACUUUUCUAGUUUAGAACCAUUACACUACAGGACAAGGUUGAUCCUUACUAAGCUUUUGAGGAAUGACCAAUGCCCUAAGGAUUUUCAACUUCCCCAGUUGUGAAAACGCCAGAUCCUUUUAAUGGUGGGGUAAACAUUUGUGUAAAUAAGAGAUCAAGUAGUUUCUGCCAAAAUCAUCAUCUGAUUCUGUCAUUCUUUUUGCAUUUUGUUCCAGGUUUCAAUGUUUCUUUUCAAUUUUUUUGCAUUUUAAUGUUUUUAAUCAGUUAGAUGUUUUACUAUUGACAUUCCACAGAUUCUAAAAAGAAUUUUUUUGAAUCACAGAUGGAACUUUGUUUCUACAUGACUCUUUUCUUUAAGAAAAGCUCCCUUGAUCUGAUUUCUGAAAAGACUGAGUGUUAUGUCAUUGGACAGCUUCCUGUGCCUUUUUGAUUCAGUUGUUGUAAAGUACAAUGGACUUCCAAUUAGCUUAACAACUCCAAUGUCACUAAUUUAAAUUGAGAUACUGAAUAACUGAUGGGUAUGCUUCCAGCUGAUCCUUUGAUAUCAAUUAUACAGCAUGCUACUAUUGACCUGUGAAUGUUUCAACAGAUACAUUGAGUGCUGAAACAAAAUAAUCAUGAAAUGAUCAGUUCAAAUGGCAGAACAAAUUUAAGUUGGAAAUUCACUACAACUUUAACAAAAUUUCAGCACAUCUUUCUUUCGACAUUGUGCUGUUUCAUGGUUCUGUUUUAAUGUAUUUGAGCAGUUUGGUUCACCCAUGUUGUCCAUGUUCCUUUUAAUUUUCUCUUCUGCACAAGUCACUUGGUGUAAAAUUCCUAGAGUUAAAAAGAUUAAUCAUUUGUAUGUUUUGGGUUUCUCUUGGCAUAUUUGUAAGUGGAGGGAGAUUUUGAUAUUUAGUUAGUUCCAUAAUGUUCAUUCAAAAUGAUGGUGGUUCUCCCCAAAUAUUCUGAAAUUCUUUUCAGAUUUAGUUUUUCUUGGAAAAUAUUGCAUUGUCUAGUGUUUUUCAGAUAGCAAGUACAAUCCUAAAUAAACAUGAAAUUUUCAGGUGUGCUGUUUGCAUCAAAGUACAGUCUUCAAUGGCAGUCCUGACUUUAGCAAAGCUGUAAGUUUAAAUGAUGUGCUGCUGGUUCUGGAAGUACUGAAAUCCUUUGAAAGUGAGAUUUGUCUCCAUCUUUAGAUGCAGCUUCCAUUUAGUCAGCAGACUUGAGUAUUUGGUCAGUGCCUGUAAGGAACAUGCAACCUUCUUGUGGCUAACUACUUUCUCCUAGGUUUGGUCAUCAGAAAUAAAAUUGCAUCAUACAUGUGCAAAAAUGCAAGUAGUUUCAAAGUUAUUGUACUGUGAUACGAGGUUUGUGUCAUAAGUAGUUUAUUGCAGAAGCAAAAACAAAUUGCUGGAAAAGCUCAGCAGGUCAGGCAGCAUCUGUGGAGAGAAAUCGGUUCAUGUUUCAGGUCAGGUCACCCUUUUAGAGCUUGUGGUAAAACUUGCUUUCUAAUAAAUUUUGCAAUCAAAGAAGCCCAAGUUACAAAGGUGUCUGUUUAACAAUGGUGCGAAUUACCACACCUGAUGCAGAGGGAGACUUAGUGAAGCAACCUGUAAGCUAGCAUUUAAUAAACCUUUUUAGCUGGAUUAGUUGUCAGGUGGAUUGCUCCUAUAUUAAGGAUGAAAGCCAUUAUUAUUACUUUUUGUCUUGUGUGCAAAUGCUGUGCCAGUUAUAUAUUUUUGAAAUGUCUCAUUUUUAAUGUGGUACCUGUAAAUUUAAAGACUAUGAUCAUUUUCUGUCUUAACAUGCAAUGACUAAAGGUAUUUGUGUGGCCGAGAUAUUUGCAUUUUUUAAAAAUUCUGUUUAGCUAUUAGUAAAACUACAGAAUCAGGAACGCUAUGAGUGGAAUUCCAAAAAUUAGAACCUGUAGUAUUGAGACAUCAAACUCACUGGUAGCCUUAGUUACAUUUCUAUUCUUUCCUUCCUAGCCUAUGAAUACGAUUAUUAGCCUGCUGGUACUGCCGAUUUGUCAUUCUUAGUGCAAAAGUUUUCAGAGACAAAGAGUUACUUCUUUUCAGGUCAGGUUUUGUUUAGAAGGUUAAUUAUUUUACAGUCCUUUCUGUGAUUUGCAUUUUAUGGAAUAAAACACAUUUGUGAACUCUGAGGAGGUGCCUAGUUUGCACUAUUUGAUUUUUUUUUUCAAGAAAACAAAGCUGUGCGGAAGAAUUUUGUGCAAACAUUAGUGUAAUGUUAAUUUCCUAUGGAAUGUAUGUUCUUGACAGGAAGCAGGAAAUGGAGUGUUCAGAUUGAAAGAAGUUAAUUUUAUACAAUUGCCUUGUGUUUUUGUUUUAUUAAAAAUUGGUUUUCUGUUCA